GCGGAGGAGGAGGAAAAAGAAGAAGAAGAAGAAACAGCAGCAGCCGCUGCCGCCGCGGCAGAAAAGAAAGCAAAAGCCGCCCGAGGGCUCGGAGCCGGCGGCGCGGCAUCCGCGGGGCUGCGCGGCAAUGGCCCGGGAGAACGGGGACGGCGGCGGCUCCUGGAAGAAGCAGGCGGAGGACAUCAAGAAGAUCUUCGAGUUCAAGGAGACGCUGGGGACGGGUGCAUUCUCUGAAGUUGUUUUGGCUGAAGAGAGAGCAAGUGGAAAACUCUUCGCAGUCAAAUGCAUUCCCAAGAAGGCACUGAAGGGAAAGGAAAGCAGCAUAGAGAAUGAAAUUGCAGUGCUGAGAAAGAUCAAGCAUGAAAAUAUAGUUGCUCUGGAAGACAUCUAUGAGAGCCCGAACCAUUUAUAUUUGGUCAUGCAGUUAGUGUCUGGCGGAGAGCUCUUUGACCGCAUUGUCGAGAAGGGGUUCUACACGGAGAAGGACGCCAGCACCCUGAUCCGGCAGGUCCUGGACGCUGUGUACUACCUGCACCGCAUGGGCAUCGUGCACAGGGACCUCAAGCCUGAGAACCUGCUUUACUACAGCCAGGAUGAAGAGUCAAAAAUCAUGAUCAGUGACUUUGGAUUGUCGAAGAUGGAGGGUAAAGGAGAUGUGAUGUCCACAGCCUGUGGAACUCCUGGCUAUGUUGCUCCUGAAGUGCUGGCCCAGAAGCCCUACAGCAAAGCCGUGGAUUGCUGGUCCAUCGGGGUCAUCGCCUACAUCCUGCUCUGUGGUUAUCCCCCUUUCUAUGAUGAAAACGACUCCAAACUCUUUGAGCAGAUCCUUAAGGCAGAAUAUGAGUUUGACUCUCCAUACUGGGAUGACAUCUCUGAGUCUGCUAAAGACUUUAUUCGGAAUUUGAUGGAGAAAGACCCUAAUAAAAGAUACACCUGUGAGCAGGCAGCACGGCACCCUUGGAUCGCUGGAGAUACAGCACUCAACAAAAACAUCCACGAGUCGGUCAGUGCUCAGAUCCGGAAGAACUUUGCAAAAAGCAAAUGGAGACAAGCAUUCAACGCCACGGCAGUCGUGCGGCACAUGAGGCGGCUACACCUCGGCAGCAGCCUGGACAGUGCCAGUGCCAGCGUGUCCAGCACCCUCAGCCUCGCCACGCCACUCCCCGACGCAGCCACACGGAAAGAUUGUAUGUCUCCAUCCACUCUCUGUAGUUUUGUUUCAUCUGCUUCUUCAGGCGUUUCUGCGGUAGGAGGGGACCGGAGACCCAGACCCACCACAGUGACCACAGUGCACACAGGGAGCAAGUGAGCGCCGGGGCGGCGAGGAGCGGGCAGGCGGCCUCGAGCCGUCCCACCCUGCUCGGCCAAGGACUAGAAGAAAGAAGAUUUUUUUAUGGCCAUAUUUUAUACUGCAAUUCUGAAAUGUUUCAUUUAUCACAAACUGCAAUGACUCCAGGAGGAACGGAAUCUAACAGUCUCUGGUGCUGUACAUAUAUAUACAUAUAUAUAUAUAUCUAUAUAUAUAAAUAUAUAUAUGUAUGUGAGUCUAGCAAUGUUCUAACUAAUGAACACUCAUUAUUUCCCCCAGUGAUCUUCUCUCUUCUCAGUGUAGGUAACAGUAUAUGUUGUAUUUUUUUCCAUUAACUACAAACAUCUCAACUGUAUUAUUUAAAUAGAAAUACUUUUCUGAGCAUUUUUUUUUUCUUUUAAAAAUUACUUCAAGUAAUGUCCCUCUUCCAGUUUGCUGGGGGAUAGGCUAUUUCUGUAGGUAGGAAUUGGCAUUAACUUUGCAACAUGGGAGGAUUUCAAUGGCAUGCCAUUUCUUGCUCCUCAAAUUGGACUGCAAGUCUGUCUGGCUUUAGCAGAGCUGUUACUGCUCAGAUUAAGAAACUGCUGCUUUCCCCCCCAUCCUCCUCCUUGAAAGCCGUGGGGAGAAUUAAAUUGCCACCAGCUGGGAGUUAGCUCAUCCUUGGCCUCAUUCCUGUUGUGCUGGGGAUCAGCACCCUUGUUUCAGAGGAGAGGCAGGGACAUGGAGUCAGGCAGGAGCUGACCAGAGCUGUGCAAGGGAAAUGAUAGCACAGUCUCAUCCUGCAGCUCCCAUCUCCUUUGACUUGCUGUGUGUUGUGAGCAGAGGGAAAGAAAAUGAAGAUACGGGGGUGGGAAUCAUCAUCUUCUGCCACUGAUUUGCUGUGCUGCCCUCGAGCAAGACAUUCAAUUCACCAGCCUCCCUGUAGUGUGGCCUCUGGCAUGGGGUGAAUCCAGCCCAAGGGCUUCAUGAGAUUCUGAGCACCCACAGCUCCUUCAGGCUUUGCCUGGCAUUGCUGAUGCUCAGCACCUCCCAGUGUAGCCAAAAGUGGGGAGAGGAGUGGUGCUUGAAGCCCUCUGUAAAGCACUGGCAGGUUCUUGGGUGCAAAUUGCAGGAUCUGGUGUAGUGUAGCUCCAUCAUGAUCAGGCUGAGGGCUGACAAGGAGUGCUGAACUGGGAAAGCAGGACCCUGCUGGAAGGCACAGGCACAGCUGAUGGCAGGGGUGGCACUGGCUCUCCUUCCUCCCCAGAGACUCAUAUACCAAAGGAAGCCAAAUUUUUACCCAUUUUUUAAUUACUGAGUGCAUGCACUUUCCAGGCUCUUUGUGCUGGUGCAUUGUUCAGGAAUAGCCACCACAACUGUUGUGCUGCUGUGCAUUAAAGCAGCUUGAAACAGAGAAGAGAGCAAAUUUUCCCAAUUUGCUAAAAGGCUCCCUCCAGGUUACCUCAAUGAAAUUCCCAUCUGAUGUUGCUUUGAGGAGGUGAGAGGGGAGGCAGGUGGCAGAGGAAGAUGCCCUUUACUGGGCACUCUGAGCCCCUCCCAUCCCAGACAGGUCCAUCCCUGCCAGAGGCACAAUUCCCUGCAGGGUGCUCUGUUGCCACGCUUGCCUCACUUGUCCUGCACAAGAAAUUGUGAAAUCCAGUCACAGACAGAGCUGAAUGUAUCAGGCAAUAGUGCCUGUGCUGGGAAAAGCCAUAAGAUAGGUAUUUUUCAUCAAGAUUUCUAUACCCUGCUCCAGCUUUAGCUGGUUGGCUUCACACAGCAGAGCUGGGAUUUCAUCCAUCUUUCUAAAAAAAAAUGAAAAAAGAAACCUGGAAAAGCAGGUGGCAGUGAGCCCUGCCUCUGUUUGAAAUAGCCACUCCAGUGGCACUUAGAGCUGCUGCACCAGAUCUCUAGUUUCCUCUGUGUUAAGUUGCUCCCUGUUUUCAGAGGGCUGUGGCACAUCUGAGGGAGCCCCGGGUGCUGCAGCUGCCAUGGAUGCUCACACAGAAAAGACAUCAGCUUCUCAUUUUAGGAAAGAUAGCACAUACUAUCUGCUAAGAUAUUGGGGGCUUAUAUCAAAACUCCAUAUAAUUUCCACAAUGAAGACUUCUGACCAAGAUUUGGGCAGACUGAAGGGCAGGGGAUCUCCUUGCUGCAAAUCACGCUCCUGUCCCUGCACCCCGGCCAUUGCCAUCAUACACUUUUUAUCAGCAUUUGCAUCUGAGCUCUUUAUGUCUUGCUGCAAAAGCAUUAAAACAUUAAUAGAAUGCAUUUUAAACUCAGUCUAAGGCUACUUUAUUUGACCAGCCUGAGUAAGGAGGUUUUAGUUUUGAGAGACUCCAACCCCAAAGAAAUUCAAGGUAUUUCAAACCCCUGUGAUUUCAUAAGCACAGUUGGCUCUGUUCUGCUGCAGUUGCAGGUUGUAAAUAGACUCCCAGUCUGGCAUCAGUGGAGUUCCCCGUAUUUACAGACAUGCAACCAAAAGCAGGAUUUAGUUAGGGAAUAAUUGUCUCUGGAAUAAUUUAGGGGGAAAAAAAAUAAAAUAGGGAAUAAUUUUGUCUCUGUAGAGCAAUUUUAAAGUUUAGGGCUCAAGUGUUCCCUCUGUGCCUCCUCUUCUGAAACCUGAGGUCUGGUUUGAACGUGACCUCAGCAGUUGCUGUGGCCACUGAUCAAAAUACAGCAUCCAAAUGAAUCUUGUAGAAAAAAGAAAAGCAAAUGGAUUUCCAUCUCCGAAACAAAGAGCAGUGACAGGAGCAAAGGCAGACGUGCUGUCCUGCAGAUGGGGGGGUUCCCAUGCACUGGCUGCCCCUCCUUGCUGGGUGCUUUCUGUGGUUUUUUGUUGGGAGGGUAUUUUUCCUUCCAUUUUUGGAAUUAGUGUGAUUUGGUUUUGUUUCUGCAAGUAAUAUUCUGCCUUGGUUGUGUAAUUUAUCAUUCUCUUUGGCUUGCUAUCAACUGCUGGGAUCAUAAGAUAAGAAACAGAAGCACUUAAGAGCAAAAUUGUUUCUUUCUGCUGCAGUUUUGGUGGUGGGGAGCUCUUCUUUGGUAUCAGUGAAACACAGCUGGAGACCUGACCUAGGUUCACCAAAUGCUUAAAGAUCUCUCCUGAAGCAUCACUUGGUUAAAACGUCUCAGUUUAAAUCUGGGUAAAUCUGUUAACAGGGCUGACUUGGCAGCAGCCAGGCCAGAUCUGUGGGAGGGGGCUGGAGACAUUUGCCCCUUGGCAGCACAGCCUGUUAGGGCAAACACUCCGGCCUUCUUGCCAGGGAUGCUCCAGUGCUUUUGCAUGUCCUUCCUCUGCCCCAGCCUGCUUCUGCUCAGCCACUCUCACAGGAGAAUGCAAAGGUGAUGUAAAUAAUGUGGACAUGAGGGGAAUGGCCACAUAGCCCCACAGUAGAAGCUUCAAAACAAAUCCCCAGCUGGCCUUGCGAUGAAGGACAAGGUAGAAAAAUCACUCUGGGCUCUUUUCCAAUGAACUGUCCCACUAAACAAUCUGUGAUUUGCUGCUUGCAUGAGGACUUCAGCCUGGACUCUGUUUGUUACCCUUUCCUGCUUUACCUUACUGGUACCAAUGUGUUUUUCCUUUGUAAAUUGUUUUCCUCAGCUCCUUCCCCUUCUUUUUCUUUGCUUGCAGCUUUGAUUGUUGAUUUUUACCUCCAGAGUCACAGAGGCCAUCUCUGAUGCCAACAGCAGUGCUCUUGCUGGGAAAACAAAACAAAACAAAACAAAUCCAGAAAAGCUCCAGCUGGCCCCUUAGCCUGCAGAAGAAGUUGUGAGGACAGGCUGCCCAUGAACUCUGCAAGCUGAAAGUCAGUAUUGCAGUGGCAAGGGCUUCUGCUGAUGAUUUUGCAUGUGACUUCAUUCUCAGUGCAUCCUAACUUUCUGCUGGAUCACCCCUUCUGCAGCAUGAAAUGGAUAUUGGCCCUGCAACACGACUAGUGGGGAAGUAGGAUCGUGGGGGAAAACCUGGCAGUGUUGCUUUCCUGAGACUGUGUCACUCUGCUGCUGCUGUCUCUUCUGUCCUGGUUGCUGCUGGUGCCAUUAGAGUAGUGGGUACAAAAAAAAAAGAAAAAAAAAUAAGAUUUUACCUAUGUUUUGUGUGUCUGUUAUGGUUGUGGUGCUGAAAUAAAACCAAGAAAUUUGGUUCAUUCCUCAUGUGAAUCAAACCACAAAGAGGGGUGUGAUCCCACUGGCAGACAUCUCCAUAUAGUUCUACAGUAGGCACUGGAUAUGGGUUUCUGCUGUGUGUGUGUCCUGCAUACCUCCAUGACUAUUGACGGUAUUUUUAUUUAUUACCAAUUGUUUUGGGUCCCUGCCUGGUUCUGAUGAAAUUCAGGUCUUGUCCUAAGGUUUUUUCUGUCCCAGGGCCAGCAUAACCCCUGAUCUCAGGCUUUUUUUCCCAAACCCUCUGCAUACCAGAACAUGGGCCUCCAGGGUGCCAUGAAAUGCAGUUGCAGCUGGCCCCAAGGUUGUCCCCUUCCUAUUUUUAGGGAAGCAAUCCACCAGAGAAAGCCAGAUAGCUUUCAGCCAUUGGCAAGCAGAGAGGAUAUUGCCCUUUGAUGUGAACUUGGCAUUAACAAGAUCAGCUCUAGGGAAACCUGUGCUAUUACUUCCUCCUGUGAUAACAGCUCCAGUCCUGAGCAGCACUGAAUGAGCACCAGAUAAAAACACCAGAUUGACUUUGCCAGUAAGAUCGUGCAGGCUGUAGCCUGUUCCUUUUGCUCUUUCCAAAGAAUCAGGGGAUUAAUCUACUGGCUAAAUAAGUUUCUAGGCUGAGCCCCAAGGUACAGAAGUAGCUUCCAUUCAGCAUAUGGAAAUUCUCAUUUGAUGCAGUUAUUCCUGUUCUAGCUCCCGUGCAUAUUUACCUCUCUGAAUUUGGGCCUGAAUGCAUCCCAGAAAUUAUUAAUGGGAAGGGAGUUUUGCCUUCCAUAUUGUGCUUAUUUGCACCAGAAACUUGAACACUCAUUCAAGCAAAAAGCAGAAACACACACGGAGACUACAGUAUCCAAGGAAAACAGCAUCAAGACCAAGGGGGGAGGAUUAGUUAGCAAAUCACUGUCAGCAACGGCUGAGCGAGGGAACAGCACUCAAACACUGCAUGAACUCUUGUUUCCCCUGGUUAACCAGUCAUCCCAUAUUUCAUGCCCAGCAGCAAGUUUCACUCAAUCCCCUUUGUUUUCCCUCACAUCCCUGAAGCCAGGUCCUGCCUUCCCACCCUGUGUGCGAGGUGCUCUGGUCUCUGUGACACACGUGUGUGUUUGUGUGUGCACGUGCGUGUUGUGGCCCCAGGGAUCACAGAUCUCUCUGGUGGGUGAUCAGGAGUUGGUCCAGGAUUUUUGGUCUAACUUUGCACGGUUGGGUCAAAGCUGUGUAAAUAGUGUUUGUAGUGCAGGAGGCUCUUUAGCCUGGGCUCUGGUUUUCAAGAUCCCCUUCCCCACCACAAAUAGUGCCACUUAUCUGUCCAGGUAGCUUUUUUUUUCCCUUCCUCUUCAUAAAUGCUAAGGUCAGUCAAAUGGCUCUUACAGUCUUUCCAUGCUCCAGAGUGGAAUCAGGGCAUGUGCGCUCACAAUUGUGAAAAAACACUGCUGAACUAAUGAUGGCAUCAACUGUCCAAUAAAUGCAUGAUACUGCACUGCAUGUAUUAAACUGCUGUUCACUGUUUCUGUAUUUCCCAAGCAUUUCUUUAUGCACAUUCAACCCAACCUUCUCUCUGAGGGAAUUACUUCUAUGUAUUGCUUUUAAAUGACUCAAUGUAUCUGUAACUUGAAAUCCAUUGUUAAGUUUAAGUAAAUGCAAAAGCUGAUGUUUUGUAAACAAGAUACUGCAAAGCCUGGUAAUGUAUUUUGUCCUUCUGUUGAGUGCCCUGCAGCAUGUAUAGGAAGAGUCACCAUCCAGAGCAGCUAAAAAUUAGGCAACAGUCACACAGGUGUAGAUGCAGGGAGCUGGGGAGGUGAGAAUCCCUUUUUUAAUACAAUGCUUACAAAUCUGAUCUGCAUCAAAAAUUCCUUCCCUGGGUCACUAACGCUCAGAGCUACCAAGAAACACAUUGGUUUUGUUGUCCAAAUUGUCUCUUUGUUUUUUUCUUUUUUCCUUUUGGUUUGUUUUUCCUAGUGAAAAUUCAGAUUGGUUGACUCAAAAUCUUAGUAUUUUUCUCUUCCUACAAAAUAAUUCUUUCUCACCUGUUGCAGAAUGAACUGCAUUUUGGGGACCAAGAUGCUGCAAUUCUUUGCCUGCACAAUGUAGGGCAGAGGGCUGAGCUGAAUUUUCCCAUCCUUUCCAAAGCAUCACCAGCUAACUACUACCAUUUAAUCCCUGAACCUCCAAGUAAUAGCAUUUAUCCACAGAAGAGUUUGGUGUGGUACUUCUCCAUCUUCCACAUGGAAAUCAUGUCCUUGCCUUCUCUUCCCUAAGUCAUUGACCCAUUUUCAUCUGGGCUGGUCUUUUCAAGGCAGGGUACAGGAUGGCUCCAUGGUGCUUGUAUUAGCUCCAGCCCAAACCUCUUGUGGGUAUCAGCAAGGCUUUGGUCCCAGCUCCUGAGUGGCUGCUGUGUGGAAGAUGCUCGAGUUCACAAAACUCAAAGCGGAGUCAUGUGAAAGGACUGGGAAAUUGCUCUGUGCUCCUGGCAAGGCCAGGCCUGGGGUGCAAGCACCAUCCUGGUGGCAUAGUCCUUGGAAAUUAUUCUCCAUGGUGGCCAAAAAUGCCAUGAAGUCAUGAGCCUCCCUUUAAGGGUGGUGCUCAGCCAGGGCUGUGCCAUUGGUGAAUCACUGUAUGGCAGCACAACAAAUCAUCAGUUACAGACGUAAACCAGCCUGAGUUCAGAUUGCUGAGGCAGCACACGGUGCAAGGCUCCACGAGGAGUUGGGUGUGUGCUGUGGUUCCUGGUGGGUGGGAGAUCCUAGGAGGUUGCUCGGAACAGCUCUGAGCUUUUCCAUCUCUCAUCUUGCAUCCCCUGAGCCCAGCAUGGCAUCACAAAUGCUGAGUCUUACUAGAUCAAGCAUGACCCCCAAAGUGAAGAGUGUGGAAGGUUGCAGCUCAGUUGGUGCGACUCAUGUUUUGGUCAACACAACAUCAGUGACCUGCUGUACAUUGACCUCUAGCUGAGAAACAAUAUUUUGGCCUAUUUGGGCCUUUUUUUAGAUAGAUAUUUUAUUUGAGUCAGAAAACAGUGGGGGAAAAAAAAACGAAACCCUAGUCUGCCCAGAACAGUGACUCCCCAAAUAUCCCCAACUGUAAAACAUCCCUCAGUUGACUUCUAAUGAAAAUGCAAGCAUGUUUUCUACAAAGGCUUAAAUCUUAAGGAAUGUCAGUGUGCCUAAUAUUGCAGGUCUUGUGAUUGAUAACAAGUUCAUAACAGCAUCCAUGUCCAAAAAGAAGGAAGAAUGUGUAUUUACUCCAUGCAUGUAUUAAGGCAUCGCAAAAGUUUUAUCUGCGUAAUGAGUUUGCAGUUCUGCAAAUUGUUAAUUGGGCUACAUCUCAAGUGGUUCUUUGCCUUGACAAUCAUGUAUACAUAUCGAGAUUUCUAUCAUAAUGACAAUUUAAAGGGAUGACUAAUUGUUUUCCUCCAAUAAAUCAAAUUAAAUCA